AUGAGCAAAAAAUCACCUUACGGCGAAUGUGGCAAGCUCAUCCUCUCCCAUCGCAACUUGGUCGGGGAAAUCCCGGAGGGCAUUGGACGGAUCCAUAACUUGCAGGUCUUGGAUCUAAGCCACAACCACCUGACAGGAUCAGUGCCACGUUCCCUGGAGCGCAUGAUCAACGCGCAGAGAAUCGAUCUGUCCCACAAUAAUUGGUUGACAGGCAGCAUUCCGCCAGAGAUUUCCGUCAACAACGGGCCCCGCGCCAAGUGUGAGUACUUGGACCUCAGUCACAACCAGCUUGACCAGGAUCCCGCGCCUCUUCCAGAAGCCAAGCAUUGGGAUCAGUUGCAAGGUCACGUUUGGUUGGGCCACCAGCAGCCUGCUAGCUGA